UCCAAACCAAUCCGGAGCAGGGAAUUUCGUAAAUAUAACAACUCCUAAUGCCUUUGUACUUGUGGGUCUUAACGAAGAACGAAGCAGAGGUUUCUUGGUACUUUGUUACUGUUCUUGUCAUCAGGGGAACCAGAACCAGGCUUGAAUGAAUCCCUAGAAGAAGACGAUCAAGAAUCAAGCAAAGUACUCUCUUAUGGAAUCCAUGGCAGAAGAUGAUAUCUACACUAAAGAUGGCACGGUAGAUUACCGAAAGAAUCCUGCUAAUAAAAAGGAAACAGGAACCUGGAAGGCCUGCCCUUAUAUCCUUGUAAACGAAUGCAGUGAAAGGUUGGCAUACUAUGGGAUGAGCUCCAAUUUGUUUCUCUAUUUCACGAAGAAGCUCAACCAGCACAGUACUACCGCUUCAAAAAAUCUGUCCAAUUGGUCAGGAACAUGCUAUAUCACGCCGCUGAUUGGAGCAUUUCUUGCUGAUGCCUACUUGGGAAGAUACUGGACCAUUGCCUGCUUCUCAAUCAUAUAUGUUAUUGGAAUGACACUUUUGACAUUAUCAGCAUCAGUCCCAGGCAUAAAGCCAAGAUGUUAUGGUAAGGACUAUUGCAAUCCAACAGAAGCUCAAAGUGCAGUGUGCUUCACAGCACUGUACCUGGUGGCACUUGGAACGGGAGGGAUUAAGCCUUGUGUCUCUUCGUAUGGCGCUGAUCAGUUUGAUGAUGCUGACGAGGUGGAGAAGAAACACAAGGGCUCAUUUUUCAAUUGGUUCUAUUUUUCGAUCAACAUUGGUGCACUCAUUGCUGCUUCUGUGCUGGUAUGGAUACAAAACAACGUUGGUUGGGGAUGGGGCUUUGGCAUUCCUGCUGUGGCCAUGGCAGUUGCAGUAUCGAUUUUCUUUUCAGGUACUCGGUUGUAUAGAAAUCAGAAACCUGGGGGCAGCCCUCUGACUCGCCUUUGUCAGGUGGUGGUGGCUUCUUUGAGAAAAUAUCGAGUUGGAGUUCCCGCGGACAACUCCCUCUUGUAUGAGACUGCAGAGGCAGAAUCGGCCAUAGUUGGAAGCCGCAAGCUUGAUCAUACUAAUGAUUUCAGGCAAGUGCCUGAACCCAAAUGA